GGGAACGGAGGAGAGGGAUUUGUUUUGAUUUUUAGCGCCAUCUCUGCAAAAAAGCAAUAGCCUAUAGUGAAACGUAACGUACACAACAGCCCAGCGGGCUCGCAUAGUGAUUUAGUUGUCUAUUACCCUUCUCCCGCGAACAAUGGCGUCAAAUUCUCGGGGUGAUGGAGGUGGUAUAAAAAUCUGUUGUUCUGCGCAUCCUGACGCUCCAUUAAUUGAAGACUAUCGAGCGGGCGAUCAGAUUUGUUCAGAAUGUGGACUUGUUGUUGGUGACAGGGUAAUCGAUGUUGGUUCUGAGUGGCGAACUUUCAGUAAUGAAAAAGCUAAUGCAGAUCCUUCUCGUGUUGGUGGGGCUGAAAAUGCUCUGCUAAAUGGAACAGAUCUCUCAACUAUGAUUGGUCCUGGUACUGGCACUGCUUCAUUUGAUGAGCAUGGUGUUGCAAAGUAUCAAAACAGACGGACAAUGAGCAGCUCUGAUCGUGCCCUUGUGAAUGCCUUCAAAGAAAUCAGCAACAUGGCAGACAGGAUCAACCUACCUAGGACUAUUGUUGACAGAGCCAACAAUCUGUUCAAGCAGGUCCAUGAUGGCAAAAAUUUGAAAGGACGUAGCAAUGAUGCCAUUGCCUCUGCAUGCUUAUAUAUUUCAUGCAGGCAAGAAGGUGUCCCGCGAACAUUCAAAGAAAUUUGCGCCGUCAGUAAGAUCAGCAAGAAAGAGAUUGGAAGAUGUUUCAAACUGAUUCUCAAAGCACUUGAAACUUCAGUCGACAUCAUCACCACCGCCGAUUUUAUGUCCCGCUUCUGCUCGAACCUGGGAUUACCGACGAUGGUACAGCGAGCGGCAUCGCAUAUCGCUCGUAAAGCAGUUGAGCUUGAUAUCGUCCCUGGUCGUUCACCGAUCUCAGUAGCCGCUGCGGCCAUUUAUAUGGCUUCACAGGCGUCAGACGAAAAAUCUAAAAAGACGCAGAAAGAGAUAGGUGACAUAGCAGGCGUGGCUGACGUCACAAUCCGCCAGUCAUAUAAACUGAUGUACCCACGUGCCGCAGAGCUCUUUCCUGAAGAUUUCAGAUUUACUACACCCAUUGAGCAACUCCCUCAACUUUAAAAGAACCACAUCAUUUAUUGUGAUUACUACUGGACUCCCGAAAAUUUAUCUUUCUUCCCACCCUUCUCAUACACACACACACACACUUAUACACUUAAUUCGCCUCGUUUUCGGUCCAAUACCCCAUCCAUUUUCAACUAGAUUGUAUUGUUGUAUGACACGAGCAAUGUCUUCAUCCGUAAAAAUUCCGCGAAACAACGUUUUGAAGAGUUGAUUUUCAUUUGGUUCAAAUUUUUACAUUUGGGGCACGGUGUAGCACUACGGGAGAGAGAGUGAACAACAAACAAAAAAAAAGAAAUCUUAACUGUGACUAUAGACAAGAUUUAGGUAUUGCUUUGGAGAAGUGCAAAUGUUUAGCUUUUUGCGAUCGUCGGCUUUGGGCAGUGCCGACGAUUUUUCUUUCUUUUUGCUUUUCUCCGCCGAAUAUCUACUAUUCCAAUCUGUAGGCACCGCUUGUCAGCGAUGUUGACCAGCCUUUCCCGUCGUUGAGUGGUUUUAAAAUCCUGCUGUAGUUUUGAAAAUUGUAUCAAUUCAUCUUUUGUGGUGGUUGAAACGUUCUGUGUAUCGCUGUGCACCGUUGGAAGUACACGAUUCCUUAUUUUCA